AAGUCAAUUAAAGAGCCAGGACUAUGUGUUCAUAGUACAAAAGGUAUUAGAUACUUUAUGGGGAAAACUACUCACUUUUUUCUUACUUAGGCUUACAGAAGUCUACCUCCCAUGGAUAUUUGUAAAACCAGCUUUCUUGUUACUCCCUGAAAGUCUAGGUGACCCAUCCCACAUACCUUCUCAGUUUCGAUUGCUGCAGUCUUCCUUCUGGACAAAGCAACAUAUCAUUACUCUCUUCAAUUACACGUUCUUGUAGCAGGUUUGACAAAUGACAACACUGAGAAGUUUAACUUAAGUAUCUUUCCACUUGCCCCUCUUAAGUUUCUCUUGCUGCUCUUACUCAUAGUCCUUCCUGAUUCGUUUCAUUUAAGGAUGUUUGAAGAGUUGCAACUUUCCUCUCUUCCAAAAUAUUUGUCGUAGGAGAGGUUCCUGCCACCCCCUGCCCCGAGGCUUUAGCUAAGCCUGACAACUGCUUCUCAGCUGGCCAUCCUGGAAGGUAUUUCCAUGAAUGCUGCUGUCAUGGCCUGAAGAUGACAAGGCAAAGACCUCAUUCUUGAGGAGCCUGCGGUCUGGUCUUGAAGGCCCCCAGGAGAUAAUCUAAGGUGGUUUUCAGGAAUUCUAUCUAGCAUAGUGUUCUAAGACUUUCUGCAACAGAAUCAGUAGGUUGCCUUUUAAAAUGCAGAUCCCACCAGACCUAUUAAAUUAGCCUUUCCGAUGGACAAGACCUUAGGAAUCUGCAAUUUUUUAUUUGAUUCUUUCAUACCUUCACUGCAACGAAGAGCUAAGAUCGAGAGCCUAGGCCAGUCUCAUCAAAGCAUAGGUUAAAUGGGGUAUAAGAGGGGGCCUUCAGAGUUCCCUGGCGUGGGGACUGUUUGGACUCCUAAGGGCCUUGGCUGGGUCAGACAAGAGAAAUAGGUCAGAGAGGCCUUUACACAAGUGCUGACAUGACACAGUGCAGCCUCUUACCAACCCAUCCUAGCUCCUGAACAGCUUCCUGGGCCUGAGGUGUGUCUACUGCUUAUCGUGGUCCUCAGCCCCUGUACAGGUUGCAAAAAUGAGUUCUGGGUCUCUGUCCCACACAGGCUCCCGGGAUCCUAUUGACUGUCCCCAGAUCGAGGGCUAAAGAGGAAAAAUGAGCAAGGAGCUCAUUCAUUAAACCCCACUCAUUUGUUUCCAUAAAAAAAUAAAGGCGUGGUGGGGAUGGAAGGGGGUAUGCGGGAACUCUACUUUCCACUCAGCUUUGCUGUGAACGUAAAACAUCUCUUAAAAAGUCUCGUGUGUGUGUGUGUGUGUGUGUGUGUGUAUUCACAGAGGGGAUGCCAGCUUCUGGAGAUGAGAAAGUGACAGUAUGAUGGGAAACCAGAUCAUUUGGAUAGAGUGUACAGAACACACAGAAUGAUGGCGGUUUGGUGAGCCUCAUACAGGAUCUUUAGUGUGUAACUAACACCUACUGUGCUCUGGCCACUUUCAUAUACUUCUGAUGUUUUAUCCUCAGCACAGUCGUAGGUAGCAUCAUCAUCCCUUGUUUCAUAGACCAGGGACCUGAGGUUCAGAUUACUCUGAUUUCCCCACAGUCACCUAGCAAAUGUGUGAGUAGUAGAGCCCAGAGUCACACUCAAGCCCUCUGACCUUAUGCCCCUGGCUCUCCUCCCUCCACCACUGCUGCCUUUCACUUCAUCUGUACUUCUCUCAUAGGCAAGAGAGCUCUGAAAGGGGCAAGCGCUAGCCCGACCUAAAAAUAACUUACAUCUAUCUACACUCUGCUAAGCACUUUGCACAGAUUACCUCUUUGAAUCCUCACAACAACCCUAUGGCUGUUGUCAUCUCCAUUUUACAGAUGAGGAAACAGACCUGAGAGAGCCUGUGAUGUGUUAGAAGUCACACAGCCAGUUGGUGAUGGAGUCAAAAGUGAACCAGGGGUCCAGCUCCCUCCACUGCUACUGAGGGAGUGGAGAGGAUGGGGCCGCCCCCACAGGGUCCAGAUGACAAGGCUUUACAACUCAUGAAAAUCUUCCUCUGGAGCCCAGCCUCGGGGUGGCCCAGCAUGGAGGCAGCCACAGCUCCGGAGGUGGCCCUGGGAUCGACCCUGAAGGUGAAGGAAGCCAGCCCAGCCGAUGCUGACCGACCCCAGGCCUCACCUCAGCGGGGGGCCGGCAGCGCCACUCCCCAGCUCCUGCCCCCCAUAGAAGGAGGCUCACCAUCCCCUGCUCUCUCUUUCCAUCACUCAGAGCACCCCAAGAUCUGGCUCCCCCAGGCCCUGAGGCAGACCUACAUCCGGAAGGUUGGAGACACUGUGAACCUACUAAUCCCAUUCCAGGGUAGACCCAAACCUCGAGCCAUCUGGACACAUGAUGGCUGCGCCUUGGACACCAGUCGUGUGAGUGUGCGGAAUGGGGACCAUGACUCCAUCCUCUUCAUCCGAGAGGCCCAGCGUGCCGACUCGGGUCGCUACCAGCUCAGUGUGCAGCUGGGCAGGCUGGAGGCCACUGCCACCAUUGACAUCCCGGUGAUCGAGAGGCCGGGCCCUCCUCAGAGUAUCAAGCUGGUGGAUGUCUGGGGCUCCAGCGCUGCCCUGGAGUGGACACCACCCCGAGACACGGGCAACGCGGCACUCCUAGGAUACACGGUGCAGAAGGCUGACACUAAGUCUGGGCUGUGGUUCACGGUGCAGGAGCGCUGUCACCGCACCAGCUGCACAGUCUCCAACCUCAUCGUCGGCAACUCCUAUGCUUUUCGAGUCUUUGCUGAGAACCCGUGUGGGCUCAGUGAGACAGCCCCUAUCGCUGCCGACCUGGCCCACAUCCAGAAAGCAGCUACCGUUCACAAGACCAAGGGUUUUGCUCAGCGAGAUUUCUCUGAAGCCCAGAAGUUCACCCAGCCUCUGGCGGACUGCACUACAGUCAUUGGCUACGACACCCAGCUCUUCUGCUGCGUCCGCGCCUCGCCCAAGCCGAAGAUCAUCUGGCUGAAGAACAAGAUGGAUAUUCAAGGCAACCCCAAGCACAGAGCCCUCACCCACCUGGGAAUCUGCUCCCUAGAAAUCCGCAAGCCUGUUCCCUUUGACGGGGGCAUCUGCACGUGCAAGGCGGUUAAUCCCCUGGGGGAGGCGUCCGUGGACUGUCGGGUAGAUGUGAAAGACUAAUUAGCACCAUGGACUCCCGAAAAACCUGGAAGUAUAUCCCUUCCCAAUGCUCCAAAAGAAGGUUUCCCAGAGAUUUUAACAGUGAAAAAUGUCUAAAUUCUUGCAGCUCCUAACUGAGGCACCAUAAGAGGACAUGGGCAAUUCUGAGGAAGGAAGCCUGACUGUGGUGAGAUUGUGUUCUUAAGGAGCUCCAGCACAGUGUCUGGUUUGCACUAAUCUAAAUAAAGAGGAGCCACGGUUGAAUUUGAACCCAAAUUUCCCUGUCUGAAAAGCCCGUUGUUUUCUUCACACCUCGGGUGCCUCAAGUUCCAAAUGUUCUUGCCUAAAAAGCCGAUGGAAGAUGCACUUCUUAGAGAACCUCAAUAUACUUAAAAUAUGAAUGUUCAAUUGCUUCCGAAAUUUUGGAAAAAUCAGAACUGAGGAAUCCGGCAGAUCUGCUUCCAAAAGGAGUGAGCCCAAGGAAACGUCUUUUCUCAGACAGAGCGUUCGUUUUAGGGCGGACGGCCGUGAGAGGCGUCAAAGGAGGGGGCGCAGCAGAGGGGGUGGCAGGGCGCGAAGCCCUCACUCAUUGGCCCAUUAUCUCGCGCGCCGCCGCGAGGCCCCGCCCCUCAAGGUCUCCCGGGCACGCGCGCGCGCUCGCGGCCUCCCCCUGCAGCCCUCCGGAUGGCGCCCACCUUCAGACUUCCGGCCAGCUGCCCCCCACGCCGCUCCGCCCCACGAGGGCGGGGAAUGCUGACCCCCACCAAUCAUUGAGCGUGUAUGGUAAGAUGGGCGGGGCUUGGGAUAUUCGAAAGGCGCCCGCCCCCUCGAAGCUGAUUCCCGGGACUAGAUUGUAGGAGGAAAGCAUCUUCCGCGAGAGCUCAGGCCUAAGCAGACUCUUGCUCCUGUGGCUGGAACAUGGAGGAUUUAGAAGAAGGUGUAAAGUUUAUAGUGGAUGAGACCUUGGACUUUGGAGGGCUGUCACCAUCUGACAGGAGUCGCCCACUUGCAAUCUGUUCCCUGCAUCCAAAAGCCCAGCAUCUUCUCCUCUUGCCCGAUCAACGCCUCCAGUCCGGGGGAAAGCUGGGCCCAGUGGGAGAGCAGCAGCAAG